GAACCCUUAACAUCACUUAACAUCAUCAUCUGGAUCAUCUCCCGUCCUUGUCGUCUCACUCGCACGAAACCGUCAAGAUCUCCUUCAUACUUAAUUACCUCCCAUCCUUUCGAUUCUUCAUACACUUUGAAGCGACUAUAUUUUUUUUUUCUUUACUGUCCUCAUCUUCAUCUCGUGUAUUUUCUCUCCUCUCCACCGCCUUCUGUCAUAUCAACCUCGUCAAUCUUAAUCACAAUUCCGACCUUGUGGUGAUAUCAUAAUCUCCCCGAAAUGGCCACCCACGUUGUUACCGCCACUACCACUUCUCCCGUUCUUGCGGGUAACCAAAUCUCCCUCUACGGCCAACCCACCCCUAUCAGCUCCGCCGAUACCACCGCCAACAACUCGCCUGCCUCGCCUCAGCAGCAGUACCUUCCACUCCAUAGCAAGCAGCUUCGUCCAUUGAAGGGUCCCCUUUAUGUUCCUGCUGCUUUGCGUCCCAACAACGACCACGCUACUCAGAAAGCCUCCCCGCCUUCUCCUCCUCGCAGUGUCCACGGCUCUUUGGACAGCCUGACUGAAGGCGAAAUCGGCGUCCCGGCUACUCGUCGCUCCACCAUGGAAAGCUACAGCAGUGGAUCGACUGUCAGCAAGCUGGCUGAGGAUGAGUGGAUGAAGAAAGAAGACCUUGGCGAGGUGACCGGCCAGCCUACUCGUGAACACUGGAAAGCCGACUCUGCUUCUCCCAACUGCGAUUCGCCUACCUGUCGCUCUUCCUUCGGCAUCUUCCUGCGUCGCCACCACUGCCGCCAUUGCGGCCAUGUCUUCUGCUCCUCCCACACCCCCUAUGUCGUCCCUCUGGAUCAGAAUGCCCGCUUCCACCCCGAGGGUGUCCCGUCGCGUGCCUGCGAUCUCUGCUGGAGCGCCUAUUCGCGCUGGGAGGAGUCGCGCACUGAGCGCCUCAACAAGAUCCAGACCCAGCUCGAUGCGCAGACCGGUACCGUUGGCGAAGCCGACCGCGCUGUCUCCCUGGCCACCAAGCCCUCGCCGGUCGAGAGCCUCAAGGCCGCUGCUCUGAACGGUGUCCCUGGACAAUCCACCGAGAUCGCUGCCAGCGUCCCUCGCGGCUGGAACUGGAGCACUUUCUGAAACGACUACGACUUCACGCAUUAACGAACAUGCCCAUACACGAGGGGUCGUGUCGGCUUCCACAAUGAUCCAUGCUGACCGACGCCCGCUUCGCUUCACUUCACUUCGUACAUACCUGUUUUAGAACAUAC